ACCAUUUGAUCAUUGAUGGACGGACACAAAAUUUUCCCUACGGGUGGGAAAAAAAUAGGGUUCCCCACAUUAAAAUUACCAUAUAUAUAUGUAUAUAAAGUUGUUAAAAAACAUGUAUAAUAUAGUAUUAAUAAUAUAAAUUUGUUAAUAUAAAUAUAAUAAUAUUGAAAAAAAAAGUAAAAAGAAAUAAAUUAAUAAAAAUAUUUAUUUAUUUUCGGUGUGGCAGAGGCAGACUAGCACAACCUGUAUUGCCCAAAUGUGACUUCCUUUCCCAUGUGAGCUCACACUGUUACACACACAACAUGACAUGACCCUUCUUUGGGAGUAGCUCAAAGCUCCAUUGGCCAUGGGAAUGGCAUGAGUAUGACCCAGCCCUCCCUCCUUCCCUCCACCUUAAACACAAUCGAACUCCUUUCUCUUUCAUACGACAACGAUGUCGGUGUCGUGUGGCGUGGAGUGCGUGCUGAUAUUGGGCUGUAUGCGUUGGGCCUGGAAACGCUGUACCUACGUGGGCUCCGACGACAGCGCCACCUGGCCCAACGCCACCGCCGGCGAGUUCGAGCCCGUUCCCCGCAUAUGCCGCCUUAUCUUCGCGGUCAAUGAGCCCGAUCUUCGAUACCCACAAUUCUUUUGCCCACGCCCCGGCCAGAGCCUCAACCCAGACUGCCGCAUCAAGCGAGUCACCUAUGAGCAGACCCAAGGCCGAUCUCCUCCCUACAUCAUCUAUAUCGAUCACGAGCACCGCGAGAUCGUCCUCGCCAUUCGUGGCCUCAAUCUGGUCAAGGAGAGUGACUACAAGCUUCUCUUGGACAAUCGAAUCGGUAUGCAGAUGUUCGAUGGCGGUUACGUCCACCAUGGCCUCCUCAACUCCGCCAUUUGGCUUCUGAACGAGGAGUCUGAAACGCUCAAGCGUCUGUGGCUGGAGAAUGGUUCGGAGUACCGGAUGGUGUUCGCAGGGCACUCUUUGGGGUCCGGCGUCGCCGCGCUUUUGACGGUAAUUGUGGUCAACCACAGGGAUCGACUGGGUGGGAUUCCGAGGAGUAAGGUUCAGUGCUACGCGAUUGCUCCUGCUCGGUGUAUGUCCCUCAAUUUGGCCGUUAAGUAUGCUGAUGUCAUCCAAUCCAUCAUCUUACAGGAUGAUUUCUUACCAAGAACAGCCACUCCAUUAGAAGAUAUAUUCAAAUCAGUCUUCUGCUUGCCCUGCUUAUUAUUUUUGGUGUGUUUAAGAGAUACCUUCAUUCCAGAAGGUAGAAAACUUAGAGACCCCCGAAGACUUUAUGCUCCAGGAAGAAUGUACCAUAUUGUGGAGCGAAAAUUUUGCAGAUGUGGGAGAUAUCCCCCAGAAGUCAGGACUGCCAUUCCUGUUGAUGGGAGAUUCGAGCAUAUAGUGUUAUCAUGUAAUGCCACAUCCGAUCAUGCACUUAUUUGGAUAGAAAGGGAAGCAGAGAAGGCUUUAGGAAUAAUGAAGGAAGGUCGUUCAGAUACCGUAACCACGCCUCCAAAAGUUCAAAAACUUGAAAGGCUGCAGACCUUUGAAAAAGAACACAAGGAUGCUUUAGAAAGGGCUGUUAGUUUGAAUAUACCUCACGCUGCCACUUCAGAUGAAGAACCUCAUGAUGACCAAAAUACAGAAGCUUCCGAUGGUCAGAAUGAAAACUCUGCAGAAACCGUAUUGAACUCAGGUCGGGGAAGGACGAACUGGGAUGAAGUAGUUGAGAAUCUUUACAAGAAAAAAGUGUCUGGAAGUGUACAACAAACUAGUAAUACCAGUGACCCAACACAAUAGUGCACCGUCCAUAUAUGCUCUUCCCUGCCUGUGCUUAGGAUUAGUUUGAGUGCACCGUCCAUAUAUGCUCUUCCCUGCCUGUGCUUAGGAUUAGUUUGAGUGUUUCAUCCCUGGUUCUUUUGUUAGCCAUUUUUCAAAAUGCUAGGUUUUGUAUAUUUUAUCAUGUAUCUAUCGAGGAUUAUAUCAUACAGAACCGCGUCUAUUAAUCCCUUGACAACAAGAGAACAUACCAUAGCAGAGGAAAACAUAAUUUAUAAGGAUUUACACCGUUUGAGAGGCAUCAGAUCAGGUCUAUUUUUUUUAAGGGGUAUUUGUGGCCUAAAGACCUAAUGUUACAUAUAAAUACCUAAUAUUUUAUUUUUAUUUUUUA